AUGCCAGGCCCCCUCCAAUCGUAUCAGCUAUUCUUCAGGACAAAAAGAUAUACCAUCACAAUGUUUAACCUACCUGUUAGCAUACUGCUUUAUUCUUGUUUAAUAUGGGCAGUGCAGCCUACUUUAGUGAAAGGUAAGAACGUUGUUAGCCUAAUUGCUUACAAAGAUUCAAACGGCAAAUUGCAUAAACGUAUAGCUCCCGAAGAAUUUCCUCCCAGGGAUUAUGAUAUUCAAUCAAAUUCUGAUGAAUUAGGAUAUAUGCGGGUACGUGAUUCUUCAAGACCAUCGAUAAAGUUGGAUAACGUCUUCGGAACACAACAAAGAAGGCAGCAGGAAUUUUCAGCAGAAUUAUUUCCUUUAUCUCUAGAAUCAAAGCUGUCAUUAGUGAAAGAUGUUCAAAUUUUUGCAGGCUAUGUUCGAAACGAUGUGGAAACCUAUAAAAAAAUCAGUGAUCCUAAUGAAGACUUGAUUAUCAUUGCACCGACGGACAGGGCUGUUUCUGGACUUACUUCGAAACCAUGGCAAUUUCCGAAUAACAUUGAACAGCUUGAAAGGGAGGGUGCGACGGAAAAGGAGCUUGAUUCCGCAAUUCAAGAGAAUAUUUCCAAAUUUGUGAGGUCACAUAUCGUAGCAUACAACGAUGAUAAAAAUUCCUACGAAAGAAUAAGUCCAGGUUGUACGCUGCUGCAGAGUAUUGACUUCACAGAAAACAGGGGAGACAAUUCAGAGCACUCUGGUGACAUUCUACUCAAAAAAGAGGGCGACGCAUAUUAUGUUGCUUCCACUCGGGACGAGAAGUUUCACGUCAUCGAAAAAAUCGAAAACGGAAGUAAUGGUAUCAUUUUAACGGUCAAUUUCUCUUUAAUCUGGCCUUAG